AACAUUUGCGCGUCGCGCUUGGCUCCAAACUCAUCGCCUCCAAACUAUUCGCGCACAAGCUCCGAUCGCGACAUUCGGCCAUUAUUAUACAUUUUUUGGGCAGCGCGUAAAUCGGCUUAAAUUAUAGAAUCCAAUUUGCCUUAAAGCCUAAUCAGCGUGCAGCGAUUUAUCAGCCAAAAUGCCGCAGCAUAAAUUGAAAACGCCCAUCUAUUCAGCAUUGUUCGCCAUCAGCUUGAUUGGCACAUCGCUUGCCGCUCCAGUUUCAAAUUUUGACAAUAAUCUCGUGACAUAUCCAGAUGAGCCCAGUGAGGUGCUGCCCAUUGAGCCGCUGUUAGUCUAUCCGGAAUCGCGGGAAAUUCUCUAUCAGGCGCGCACGCUGGAGGGCGAUGGUGAGCAGGACAUUAUCUUUGUCAAGCUGCUGAAGGACAAAUUGGAUGGCUAUCGACCCAAGCAGCAGCGACUUGUGGAGAAGCAACAGCGGCGCAAGGAGCUCAGCCUCAAGGACAUUUUCUUUGUUAAGGCGCGUGCCAAUGGCCAGUUCAGCCAUGAGCGCUUGAAGGUCUAUCGACUGCCCGAGUUCUAUGCGAUCAGCGUUUUUCGCAACGGCGAGAAAUGAACAGCCGAAGGGUAAUUCCGAACGCAGCACCCUUGCUGCAGCUAAGCUUUAAGUUUUUUAUGUUAUGUAUAUAAGCCGCUAUAAAUAAAUGCCUCUGAAUUUGUUCAAACACUGCUGAAAGGCUCUUAUCAGACACGCUUUGGGUUGGCGAUUUACAUCCAUUUCAAUUAUCCAUAACAAAGGCGACCGCAAUUGCCGCUGAAUGAUGGGCGGUGGCAACAACGCCAUCCCCCAAAGCCCCUGACAACUUCAAUUUCACGCGCUUCACACCGGGUUCACGUCGAGCGGCAAUUAAUAACUGUCAGUCAAUUGGUUGCCACAACUAAAGCCAACUCAAAGCUCCAGCAUCACAACAAAGAACUAAUCCCUUUUGUCAUCGACCAUCGUAGACCGCGGGCCAAACAUUACGUCAAAUUCAUAGAAAGCACAAAUAGCAACAAAAUGCCACGAAUUGAAAGCUGGCUCCGAGCCGCUGUGCGAAUACACUUGCCAAAUAAGUUAGAUGAUAGUUUCAGUCGAAGGGAGACAUUGGGUACAAAUGAAAGCAAGGCCGAAAACGAAAUUGUACAAAAUUCAGAUGUCGUAGAACCUUAACGUUUGAUUGCUUGAAUU